AUGCCAACCGUUGAAUUGCAGACGAUGAAGACGUGCCUCAUGGUGACGUCAUGCAUUUGCUGCCUGUGCUGCCUCAUCAUCUUUCUUCCGAUGAUCUUCGGCGGCGCCUAUUUCCUCACCGCCCUCUACACCAUCAUCGGCAUCGCCCAAAUGAAUUGCACCGACAGCGAGUUGGCGAUCGCCGAAUCGUGCCAGCCGAUCCUCUGGGAGAUCGCCAACGUCACCGCGACGCUGCCGCCCGGCUUCGCGCAUCCCGACGAGUACGCCGAUGUGCUCGCCGCGUGCAAAGAGUUCCGCUCGUGCUACGCCGGUGUGAUUUGUCUCGACAAACGCGCCGAGACCGUCUAUCACGACGUCGCGUGCGACGUCUACAAAUAUUCGGCCGGCGAUUUCAAAGAGUGCUCGACGAAGGCAAGCAAUCUCUCAUCAUCAUCGAGAGCCCCCCAUCGAAAUUUCAGCUGCGCGCCAAUAUGCUCAAAAACGACGGACCCGGAUGCCUCAAGCAUUUUUUAA